AAUCCACACUUCCUCGUAUCUAUCGCUCUACACCUAGCCAAGAUGACCACUAUCCCCUCUCGUCUCGCCUCCGUAUCCGCCAUCUCGGGCACGCAACAGAUCGCCCGACAGCGAGUCAGGGCUCUCUACCGAGACUGGUACCGAUCCGCACCUCAAAUCGUUUCCCUCUAUGCGCUCAACAUCUCCCCCUCGAUGAUCCGUGAAAAGAAGCGAGCCGACUUUGAGCGACACAGGGGGAUCACCGAUGUCAACGUGAUCGACAUGUUGAUCUUCAAGUCGAAGCAGGAGUACCAGGAGACGAUGAACUGUUGGAAGACCGAGGCCCACGUGAUGAGCUGGUUCAGGAAGCACGAGACCGCUGCCCCUCCUACGACUUUCAUGGACAAGUUUUUGGCUGGCAGGGACGAUCCGCAGGUUCUUUUGCCGUGGCAGGCCGAGAACAACCACUAGGGGUUUCCUCUGCGUGGGGCUUGUUCUUGGUUGAUGAUUACGGGAUGUUCUGCGAGAGGGGGCAGACAGAAAGGGAUGUAAUGGUCGUGGUGGUAUACGGAUGGGACGACAUCUAUAUGUAUAUUCGUGGUUUGCAGAUA